UUUUUCUCUGUGUGACAGUUUCUCAACUUACAAGUCAUUGCACAUUUCAUCCAGAACAGUGAAAGGGGAAGAUUGGUAUUUAAUGUUUUCCCUCUAAUACCAUGACUCCAUGCAUGAAUUAAUACUUCAUCUUUUUUUAUUUGCAACUUUCCAUGAGGGCAAAUCACACUAAAAUCCCAUUGCCAAGUGUUUUCAUUAGCCUGUCUUGGGCUAAUCAAGGUCUUCCAUCAUCAGAAUUGAAAUUUCCAUUUUGCAUGAGAAGGAAAAUAGCUAACAUUAGCAUAUUCAUGAACACUGACGGGGCUCAAUCAAACGAAAUUGAAGACAUUGGGCAAAUCCUGAGCCAUCAAUCCUGGGAACAAAAUAGCUUAUGACAUGUGAGGAAAAGAGGCUCUCGGAUCACCCCAUGCAACUUCAGCGCAUCCCGUAGCACACAGGACACAUUAAGGAUAUUCGCUCAUAAAACCUGGCAUGUGUUAGUGACCUCUGAACCAAAGGCUAAAAUAAAAUAAAAAAUAAAGAACAGGAUUAAAGAUGGAUUAUCAGUGAAACAGUAAAAUCUGCAAAGCAGCUGAGACUCUUCUGGGAGGUGCUCUGCAGACCAAUUUGUAGAUUACUUUGUGUUGUUGAUGUGGUGGUCUCCUGUGUGUUGGGUGUUAAAAGAUAGGGAUGGAGAAUCUAGAUGAGCUAGAGCACCCUCUUCUGGGAGAAGGACACAAUGACAACCGGGCGUCCGGUCCAGGGCCUGGGCCUGGGGCUGGACAGGCCCCUGGUGGGAUGUUUAAGGGCUACUUGGUAAAAUGUGAGGAGGACAUGGCCUACCCUCCUUUAGCGUGGAGGAGCUAUUGUGGACAUCCUCCUGAGCUUCAGCAGCAGCAGCUACUGGACCCCUGCUCCUUACCUCGCACACUGGAGUCCUAUUAUCCAUCAGCUCCGAUCUGGGGCCACACAGACUCCCUGCUCAGCAAAGACUACCUGGAGACCACCUUCGUGGACAUCCGGCCGGGCUCCACUCUGGAGAGGAAGCUGCUGGCUGAGACGCAGGACUACAACAGUCUGUCUUACAGCAUGGACGAUGAGGAUGACCUGCUUCCUGACUCUGACGACUCAUCCAUUGAUGACUUCAGUGAUACAGACAGCGAGAGCAACUUCCCUCUGAUGAUCCCUCAGGACUACCUGGGUCUGGCCUUUUUCUCCAUGCUCUGCUGCUUCUGGCCCCUGGGCAUCGCUGCCUUCUACCUAUCACAGAAGACCAACAAGGCAUCGGCUCAGGGGGAUUUUCAGGGGGCCAACGCAGCAUCUCGCCAGGCUCUAUGGCUCUCAGUGCUCUCCAUCGUGUUCGGAAUCAUAACGUACAUCUGCGCCAUCGCUGCGUUGAUCUCCUACCUGUCCGGAAAACCACCGUAACAGCAACUCAUCGGAAAGGAAUCCCAAACACACAAAAAAAAAAACAGAUCAUUCACACAUCUAACACACAACAAACACAC